GGCUGGGAGCUAUUUGCGGUGCGUAUGCAACAGCGGAGGCUGUUUGCAAAUUAGGCGAAAGUCAAAUGAGCUCUUUCAAGGAACCGGACCUGACAGCAAGUGAUUGUAAAGAUGCUCCUCAGAGCCCAGAAGGCACGGCCGCCCUGAAGCAUCCCUCCACCCCGAGUCCGGGCAGCCAAGAUUCCUAUGGAGGCUUUUGCCCAACUCCUCAGAAAAGGAGGCAUUCCACAGAUGAAAGAAACAUAGUGGUGCCCAGAAAACUUUUUUGUUUGUCCCCGGAACCUAGCGACUCCAACGGAAGCGCUGGCCAAGAGGUCCAAGAACCAUUGUUGGUGAGGCUUCCUGAAGAGAGCUCAAGUGAUGGAACUGUCCAGCAGGAAGUUCAAGAUGUUGAGGUGGAUCCUCUUUCUGAUGCCCAGCCUGAGCUCUCCGGAACUACAUCUGGGAAUGACGUAUCUCAGCGGCCUGCCCAGAUUGUUGCUGAUCCCAACGACAAGGAGACUGGUGUGGUGCUGCCCCAGGAGACUGUGCAGCCGGCGCUCGAGUCGCACAGCGAGGAGGCUGAAGAAGAUGUGGUGCCAGAGGAAAAGUCGGGGGUCGUCUUAUAUGCCCAGUCGUCUUAUACGCCGGAAAAUACAGUAAUUCCUUGGAAGAAGCUGUACAAGGACUAUUUGAAAGAAGUUGACCACGCCACAGUGAUCGUAGGAGCCAUUCUGAAACAGUAUGGCCUAACCAAGGAGCACCCCCAAUGCAUGCUGGGAUUUAUUCGGUGUGUGGCUGAUUAUCAGACCUACCCCUGUGAAAAUCCCACCACUGCCCUCACGUUUCUGCAACGCCACUCACUCUAUCCCAAGGCGGAAGUCUGCAUCACCAGGAAACUUCCGGAUUUGGACGGUCGCAAAGAGACUCCGACCUACGUUCAGGCAGUGAUGGCGGCCAUUGUGCUCUUUGCUGGAGGCGUUUGUGACAUUCAGGAGUUGGUGGGCUGUCUCCAAAGUCCAAAGACUGUCUUCCCCAUGUCAUCGGAGGACAUCCUUGAAAUCUUGUAUUCCAUGGCAACCCUACUUUAUGCCAUGCGGGAGAAUGAGGUCAAGAUCAGUAACAGGUUUCACUACAGUGUUUCUUAUUGCUUGUAUUACUUGGAGAAUUCACCCGGCAGCACGCCUUCCAUAAAUGAUCCUGAAUUACCCAGCAGUAAAAGUGGUCCUAGGCCUAUUUCACAACCUACUAGUGAACAACCUACUAGUGAACAACAACGGAUCUUAAAGCACGAGCUUAACCCUGGAGACCGGGUAAAAAUUGUAGGUUUUGCAGGCACUGGGAAAACAUCCACUCUGGUCCAGUAUACCAAGAAGUGGUCCAAGUUUAAAUUCUUGUACUUGGCAUUCAACAACAAAACCAUAAAACAGGCGUGUAAGGUUUUCCCUAGAAACGUCAUCUGUAAAACUUUCCACUCUUUAGGUAAUAAGGCAGUUGGCGAAAGCUACAGGAAUAAAUUUUUUCGGGACAUACAGACCAACAUGGUAAGACUUUUCCUCAACAAUUCUGGACAUACUUCGGACCAUGCCACGGCGAUUGUUCAGACCCUCAAAGCCUUUUUCGCUUCGGCAGAUGAGUCCAUCAUGGUGGAGCACACCGGCUUUGGAGAAGAUAUGGAGGAAUGCGAAAAACAAAUCAUUGUUGAAAAAGCGGAACAAAUAUGGGACAAGAUGAAAGCGCUGGGCGCAACCGAGGAGGAGUACUACAUGACAUUCAGCGGUUACUUGAAACUUUGGCAACUCCAGAAGCCUUCUCUUUCCACCGAUACGGAGCGUUACGACGUCAUCAUGGUGGAUGAGGCCCAAGACUGCACCCACGCUAUGAUGAAUAUUGUCCUCUCGCAAACGUGUGGGGUAAUCUUGGUAGAAAAUCCACACCAACAGAUUUACACCUUCCGAGGUGCUGACAACACAGUUUUGGAUGUGCCCAACAGCCGCAUCUUCCACCUGACGCAGAGUUUUCGGUUUGGCUACGAAAUAGCUUACGUUGGUGCAACCCUUCUGGAUGUUUCCAGAAAAAUCCGGAAAACCAUGGUGGGAAAUUACUGGGCCGGUGUUGUCAGAGUGGAGGGGAAGGAGACUUGGUUAUCCCGGACCAACAGAGAUGUCUUUGACAAUGCUGUGAAAGUUACAGGUGGAGACUCACCUGCUAAGAUACACUUCCUGGGGGGUAUUAAUACUGUUGGACUGGAUAUAAUUGAAGAUCUCUAUAAUGUCCUGCAUUCUAAACAGAAUUACGAGCUCAAGAGUAGCUUCAUGAAGGAGCUCCAGAGUACCCUCAUCAAGAAGUAUGUAGAGAAGGGCUUCAGGAGCAUUGAGGAAUAUGAUGCAACACGAAAAAAACAGCUGGAACUAACAACAGGAAUUUUGAGAAAUUACGACGAUGUUCCGCAACUAGUGAGAAGCAUGCACCAAUUCCAUGUCCCGGAUCCUGAAAGUGCAGUGAAACUCGAGGUAAAGGAUUUCUUCAUCAAGAGGUGGGUUGAGAAGGGCUUGGCCAGCAUCAAGGACUAUGCGGAAAAAUCAGAAGACAAACAACUGGAAAUAAAAAUUGGAAUUGUGGAGAAAUACCGGGAACGUAUUCCGGAGCUGGUAAACAGGAUACGCCAGUGCCAUGUUUGGCAUCCAGAAGAUGCAGAUUACAUCCUAGGGACUGUGCACAAGGCCAAAGGGCUGGAAUUUGACACCGUCCAAAUAUCUGGUGACUUUGUCAGCAUCCCAUUUACAUGGCCCUAUCUUGGAAGGUUUCCUCGGAACCCACCUGCUCUCCCAGAAGCCAUUCCGGAAGAUGAGUGGAAUUUGCUGUACGUCGCUGUUACUCGAGCCAAGAAGCGUCUCGUCAUGUCCAGAUUUCUUGCCGAUAUCCUAAAAGUCACCAAGGAAUACUACGUACGCUUUGAAUUAACCGAGGAAGUGUGCAAGAAGAUGUCACUCUGGUGUUCGGAGCACGGCUGCUGCAAUUCCAUCCCAGCGGAUUCUCUGCUAAUCCCCGAAAGGAUGAAUUUUGUUUACGUACGUAUCUUGGCUUAGUAAGCAACUGGCUCAGGAAUAUAAUCGAGUAAGGCCACAGCUGGAAUGCUGCAUCCAGUUUUGGUCACCCCGUUACAAAAAAAAAAAGAUGUGGAGACUUUGGAAAAAGGGCAGAGAAGAGCAACUAUGAAAUGAUGAAAGGCCUAGAGACCAAAAUAUAGGAAGAACGGUUGCAGGAUUUGGGUUUGGCCAGUCUAGAGAAAAGAAGGACUAGGGGAGACAUGAUAGCAGGGUUCCAGUAUUUGAGGGGCUGCCCCAAA